AUGUCUCUCCCAUCAUCCCAGCGUUCAGCUUUAUUCCUCUGUUUGCAGGUGAACGUCCCAAAAACCCGCCGAACCUACUGCAAGAAAUGUGGGAAGCAUCAGCCUCACAAAGUCACCCAGUACAAGAAGGGGAAAGACUCCCUCUACGCCCAGGGAAAGAGGCGAUAUGACCGCAAGCAGAGCGGAUACGGCGGGCAGACCAAGCCGAUCUUCCGUAAAAAGGCCAAGACCACCAAGAAGAUUGUGCUGAGGCUGGAGUGCGUCGACUCAAACUGCCGAUCAAAGCGGAUGUUGGCUAUAAAGAGAUGCAAGCACUUUGAGCUUGGAGGUGACAAGAAGAGAAAGGGACAAGUCAUCCAGUUCUAA